AAACGCAGCCCCAAGGAUGGCUAACCCCGUGCCGUCAGCCUGCUGCGUGGUGCUCGCCGCCGUGGUGGUCGUGUACGCCCAGAGGCACAGCCAGCAGGACAGCCACAUCCAGUAUGAGCGAGUAGGCGCAGACGUGACCAUGAAGUGUGGGUCCAUGGACAGGGACGCAGCUGUGACUUGGACGGCCAACGGCACCGACAUCGACGAUUCCCACCUGAAUGGGUCGUACCUGGUCCUGAAGCACGUGGACCUCACGCAGAGUGGCCAGUACUCCUGCUACGAAGGCUCCUCCUGGCACCUCAAAUACCAGACCUACCUGAGGGUGGGAAUCCCCCCGAAGGAGCCAGUGCUGAUGUGCCGGUCCAACAACUAUCCAAAGGGUUUCUACUGCAGCUGGCACUUGCCCAGUCCCACCUACAUCCCCAACUCCUUCAACAUCUCCGUCAUACAUGGCACGAGAGAGAUGGUCUGCGAGAAGGACGUCCUUCCCAAAAACAGGUGUCACAUCAGAUACCUCCAGCUCUUCUCAACAGUGAAGUACAAGGUGACUUUGACAGUCACGAAUGCUCUGGGCAAAAACUCCACCACUCUCACCUUUGACGAGUUCACCAUAGUGAAGCCGGACCCACCGGAGAACGUGGUGGCCAAGCCCGUGCCCAACAACCCCCGGCGGCUGGAGGUGUCCUGGCAAAACCCUUCUUCCUGGCCUGACCCCGAGUCCUUCCCGCUGAAGUUCUUCCUACGCUAUCGACCCCUCAUCCUGGACCAGUGGCAGCACGUCGAGCUGUCGGACGGGACGUCGCACACCAUCACAGACGCCUAUGCGGGCAAGGAGUACAUCAUCCAGGUGGCCGCCAAAGACAACGACAUCGGCACAUGGAGCGACUGGAGCGUGGCGGUCCAUGCCACCCCCUGGAUGGAGGAGCCCAAGCACCUCACCACCGAAGCCCAGCUGACAGAGACAACGAGCACCAGCACCUCCUCUUUCAUGGCACCUCCCACCACCAAGAUCUGCGACAGGGGGGCCAUAGUGGGCAACGGGGCCGUGGUAGUGUGUUGGACAGCUGGACUGGUCUUGGCUGCCUAUAGUAUCUUCUUUAUUUAAUCCCUGUCCGUCG